AUGUCACAGAUACAACCAUUACCACCAGGUCAAACUCAAGCACAAAUUCCCUUAAUUCCUUCGACACCACCUGGUCCACCAGGUCAAGUAGUCUCUACUACCAAUAUCACAAAUGUACAACCUCCUCCUCCAGGUCCAGUCCAAGUUUCUUCGAUUCCAAAUAAUGCACAGCCACCGCCCCCAGGAACAACGUCACAACCUGGUGAUUUUCAACAAAAUUCACCUCCUCCACAGUUACGAGCUACUACUCCGUCUAUGAUACAAGCAAAGGAAGUGAAGUCUUCAAGCAGUAACACCGCUCAAAAUAAUACACAGAAAAAACCACAACCGCCGAAGAAAUCAACUCAACCUCUUCAUUUGCUUUUACUGGAAUGCUGUAAGGAGUAUAUCACUGGAAAUCUAACGACAAAAUCUGAAGAAGAUACAAAAGAGUUAUUUAACGAUCGAAGGAAAUUGCAUGCUGAUUUGCAACUCUUUUGCACCGAUAAUGUGCUAACAUCAGCAAGGGAUCGAAUUUUGAACGAAUUAGAUGAAGGAGGAAAAGAAGCCUUAAAAGAUAUUAGUCCAGAUUCCGAAAUAAUAAAAUUGAGGUUUCAAGAAGCCGCAGCCCUUAAUAAGACGUUAGGUAAAAUUUUUCGGUCAUGGGAGCAGUUUAACAAAAGUGAUGUUCAAGAGGGAGCGAACACAGGUCACACAGAACAAAAUCGUAAUCGAGGUAGGGGAAACAAUCGAGGGGGUUAUUGGACGGCACGAGGUGGUCCUCGUCAUUCACCUUACCAAAAUCAAGGACAGCAACGUCGUCGUGAAUGGGUCGCACGUGAAGACAGAGACUACAGAGAUCGUCGUCCUGAUGAUAACUAUAGAGAUCGUCGGGAUGAUCAUUCGCGUAGAGAUUUUGACCGUAGACCAGAUUUUCGUGGUCCAUCGGUACCCUCUACGGUUUUUAAUCGUGAUAGAAUUCAUAUGGGUCGACGGGAUGAUUCUUUUCAUCGAAAUUUUGAUGACAGAAGAAGAAAUUCUCAUGAGAGACGUCUUGAUGAUAAUAGACAUCCCCGAGAUCACCGUGGACCACCCCCACUUCCAUUAAAUGUGGGACCACCCUCGAAAUCCUCACCGUCAAUUUACGAAGCACCCCCAAUGCCUCCAAUGCCUCCAAAUGUUCCAAAUCCGCAAGUUCAAUCGUCACCACAAGCUGGAUACGAUUAUUCACAAUACUCUUCGGAUCCACAACAAUAUUCUGCUACUGGAUUUCAAACUGAAUACAAUUUACAAGUCUAUCCAGGAUAUUUUGCGCAGUAUCCUCAAGAAUCAACGGCCAAUGGGCAACAAUAUCAAUAUCCUAUAUCUUCAGCCAGUUGGGAAACGCAAACGACUCCCAUUCAGUCUAUGCCGAUUCAAUUGGCUUCUUUUAAUUGGAAUCAACCGGGACGACAUACUGCAAUACCUUUACCAACUGAUUUCAUGUCGGGUCCUAGCUCCGCACCUCGUCUAUCAAUGCCAGAACCGCACGACGUGCUGGGAGUUAUUAAAGGGGUGAUCAUACGGGACGCACAAGGCAACAUCGGAUUGAGUCAAUAUCAAUUUAGCACGAUGUAA